UGUAAACAGGAAGUGUAUUAGACACAUUUCUGUUGCGUUUUCCAGGUGACACGCGCGCGCGAGCUAAUGGAGUUCGUGGCUAGGAUUAAACACAAGGGGCCCUAACAUCCCAUAAUAUUCCCCAGAGCUGUGAGUAAGAUGGACGACAUCAAUUUACACUACAGGAUCCUCAACUGGAGGCGCAGGAUCCGGGAAAUAAGGGAAGUGCGAGCCGUGCGCUAUCAGGAGCGGUACAAGCGCAUGCUGAAGGACGGAGACACUUUGAGUUACCAAGGGAACUCUGAUGAAGUUGGCUGCUAUGUGGCUCCACGGCCUUUAUCAAAAGGAAACUGCUACUUUGAGGUGACUAUAAUGGACACAGGGGUCCGAGGGACAAUCGCAGUGGGUCUGGUUCCUCAGUUGUACAAGCUUGAUCAUCAGCCAGGCUGGCUGCCUCACUCGAUCGCAUACCACGCUGAUGACGGGAAACUGUAUAAUGGCAACCCUGUCGGCCAGCAGUUCGGCCCCAAGUGCAUCCGUGGCGAUCGGAUAGGCUGCGGGAUCCACGCAGACACUUUCGACGCCGGACUCACCACCGUGUUUUUCACCAAGAACGGCAAAGAGGUGGGAUCGAUGGUGGUGCCCGUAGCCCCGGGCGGUCUUUUCCCCGCCAUCGGCAUGCACUCUCUGGGGGAGGAGGUGCGACUGAACCUGCAGGCGGAGUGGGGAACCGAAGAGGAGGACAGCAUUAUGAUGGUGGACAGCCACGAGGACGAAUGGGGACGCCUGUACGACGUGAGAGUCAGCGGAACGCUGCUGGAGUAUGUAGGCAAGGGGAAGAGCAUCAUGGACGUGGGACUGGCUCAGGCUCGCCAGCCGCUCUGCACACGGAGUCACUACUUCGAGGUGGAGAUCGUGGACCCUGGAGAGAAGUGCUACAUCGCACUGGGCCUCGCUCGCAGAGACUACCCUAAGAACAGACACCCAGGCUGGAGCCGAGGCUCUGUAGCGUAUCACGCAGAUGAUGGAAAGAUCUUCCAUGGCAGUGGGGUUGGAGAUCCAUUCGGGCCACGCUGCUUCGAAGGGGACAUCAUGGGCUGUGGGAUCAUGUUUCCUCGUGAUUACGAAGAUGAGGUCGAUGAUGGGGAGGACAUGGCUGAGAAUCCCAAGCAAAACCGCAUUCAGAACGUACUGUACCUAAACGAUGAAGAUGAGGAGGAGGAAGGAGACGACGCAGAGCGAGAGCAGGAAGGCCGCAAGGUCAUGGUGUUCUUCACCCGCAAUGGGAAGAUCAUCGGGAGGAGGGAGGUGGUGGUGCCGGCUGGAGGAUUCUAUCCUACCGUCGGCAUGCUGAGCAGCGGAGAGAAGGUCAAGGUGGAUCUCCACCCUCUCAGCGGCUGACGGACGGAGACAACGGCAAAUCCCACAUCCGCAGUUUAACUGUGAGCUUGUAGCAAAAUCAACGGUUUAAAAUGGAAUCAGGGAACAGAGUCUACAAACUGAUCUAAUGGUGUUUUUUUUGUUUGUCUUUCUCUUUAUUCAUGGAUGCACACUGAGGAAGUAGGUGAAAGUAUUUUCAUAUUAAUGGCCAUGGAACCAAAAACAACAGUGCAUGAUUUUCACUCACGCUGGAAUACCGAUGCAUAUCUUACUGUCUUUAGGUUUUGUUUUUUUUUGUCCUUCAGGGGCCGAGCUUUAUUCUCUUCUUACGGUUUUAUCGACGGUUCUGUGCGAAACCGUGUCGAAUGGCUGUAUUCAGAGUUGCGCAGUGUGUGUGGUAAGAGCUGCGCACUCGUAUAAAUAAGUGGACUUAAAAAGGGCUACUCGGAUGGUUACAUUAUGAUGCUUUAAAUAGCAAAUAUUUAAAGUUUUUAUUAAAGGGCUUUUCUCUUAGUUGGACAUCCAGCUAUGACAUGUUUUUGUUAAAAGUUAAGUAAAAAAAAAAGUGAAGUAAAAAAUAUAAGCAAUAAAAUAGUUCUUGAAGUAGCAAAUCGCCAUCUACACAUCUUAAAUCAUAAAUUCAGCUGAAAGUAAAAUUUCCCGAAGUGUUGCCAAAUUUAAUUCACUAAUGUGCAUUUAUACAAAGAAACACGAGCUUAAAAUUCCCCUUAUGCAAAAUGAUGUCACAGUGGCGCUUUUGACAAACACGUCAGUAUGUUCUUGGCUAAUGGUUCAACGAUUAGCCGUGAGAUCGCUAGAUCAUGUUAGAUCCGUGCGAUUCAGCCGAUUAUGCAAUUUAAUCUUCUGUUAGUUGAUUGAAUUGAUUAAAUUGACUAACAAAAGAUUGAUUCAAUGUCAUUAGUCGGUUUUCGAAUCAGAGUUGAUUCACACUUUUAAAAUAUUUUGAGUAAAUAGUUUAUGAAACAAUUUAUGAAAUCCAUUAAAAUGUACCAGAACUUCUGCGAAAAAUACAAUUAGUUUCCAUCUUUCACUCAUACAUGCAUAUUGCUUCAUCUUCUUUUGAGUUUAUUGGCGGUUAAUACAAUACCACCACCUACUGGACUGGAGUGUAGGGUAGAAAAAAUGAUUGACCUAUUAUUCACAGCUAUACGUCACACACAAUAAAUAAUACACAAUAUUUAUUUCUAAAUGUUUACCCGUGAGUCGAAAUUGUGUUGAGCUGCUCAGCAACCUUUCAUUCAAACUAGCAAAAGACGAGUCACAAGUGGUUGUCUCUAGUGGACAUGCUAAAAUAACGAUAGCGUUGUAACGGUACUAGCUGUGUACUUUCUAGUUGAACACAAACGCUAAGAAUUCACUAAACAGAGUGAGAACCGGUUGAUGUACAGUGAUGUAAUUGUUAGGUUGUUUAAUAGCCUUGUUUGGCAGAUUAUGGAGCUAGUGCAGCUAGCUUGCUUUACUAAACACAUUAGGGUCUUGGCUGCCUGGACUACUGGUUACUCUACAGUUAUGUUAAAAUAAUUUCUUUACAUGAUUGAUAAAUAUAUGGAUAAACAUCUGUCUCAGUACAUCCCAUAAAAACUUUGUUCCCUGACCUAUUACAAGUCCAACAGUGUCAAUCUGUUGUUCAAUCAUAUGUUGCUGCAUAUGAUUAGAGUUUUAUUAAAGCAUAACAAUCUGUGGUUCUGAUUGAUGUUGAGUAUCUGAUUUGUUUAAGAAGACGUUGUAAUCGAUUACGAUUUUAAUUGAUCUUUUGUUUCUCCAUUUAAUUAAUGAGACCGAUCGCUCAUUUUUUUUUCUAUUUAGACUGGAUUUACACUUUAAAAAAAUUUAGAGUGCAAAUGUAUAAACUUUAAAUGAAAAAUUCAUUAUUCAUUAAAAAUACAGCCCAAAAUACAAACCGCAAAACACUUACACUUUACAAGCAUUGAAGCAGAAGAUUGGCAAUGGAAGAGAAGAAAUUUAAAUAAACGGUUAUCAUUUUGUCUGAGACAAGACAUUUAUACAAUCAGUAACACAAGAUACAUAACAUUUCAACAUUUAUUAGAUACUUUUGUUUUUAGAUUCUUUUUUUUUUUUCAUGCUUUAAAACUUGUAUUAAAUUUAGCGGCUUUAGACAAAUCAGACAGUUAAUAUUAGUGCUAAUAAAUCUAAUUGAAAAUUGUAAUAAAAAUGAAUUGAAUUAACCUAUGAUUCACAUAUUAGCGUUCCUCACCGUCAGCAUCCUAUAUAUAUAUUUAAAUAAUUUUAUAUAUCAUCAUACUGUAUGUGUCUCAGCUCAUUUUAUUUGAGAAUUUUUUUUUUAUUUUGUAUAAAUUGACAGUAAAUGUCACAUCAAUCAAAUGCCAUCAGUUUAUCAUCUGACGCAGGCCAUUUUAAACAUUUAAAUAUUCAAGAGCUUUAUUUAAAUGCAGAUAACUAUUUUUUAUACACUUUUUUUAUUUAAUGAGCGUAAGUGACCAACUCUGAAUACAGCGAGACAGUGAAUUUCUCUAAGAUGCGUAGGUCAUGUAGCUACAUACAGUACAUAGUAUAUAUUUUCUAAAAGCUUGUACAUAAUGUACUGUCAAAUAUCCUAUAAUCAGUCACCGGCUGUACUGAUGCCACAGCGAGUAUCAAAGAAUCACUUCAGGAAAUCUCUGAAUGAAUGAAUGAAUAAAUGAAUGAAUGGAGAGAGAAAGAGAGAGAGAGAAUGGCAUUUCGGUUUAUAAACAGCAUGCAGUCGAGGGACAGUAACGUCCCCGAGCAUCAGCGUGUUGCUCCUGCACCACCUUCCCCUUUCCUUUACAAUCCUAAAAGCUGGUGACAUUUCUACUUCGUCAUGCUUUUGUUGUUUUUCCUUUUUUUUCUUUGUGUUAAACUGACAUUCAGAAAGAAAGUGCCACUUUGUUAUCGCUGCCUCGUGGAAACGCGGCCUGGGGCAAGACCAGAGAAAUGUCACGAGGUAAUUGCAUCCUCAGCAGAGGUCAGUCACGUAGUUUAAAGUGACGUAGGCUUUACUGAGAUGCUAAAUGCAAUCUGGGGGAUGGGGGGGGGGGGGUCGUGGUUGGGAGGAAUCUAGAAAUAAACAGGGGUUUUAUUUCUUUUGUAACGGUGUGUUUGUACGGUGUGUAUGCGAAUCAGCAGGGCCGUAUUCAGAGAGGAGUUUUGUUCAGGAAUUUCUAGUCGUUUCAGAGUUGCUACAAACAUUUGAGUAUAAUUUAAGAGUUUCCUGCAGUUCUGAACUUGGAUGCGUUAUUCUUCAGCAAAUCGAAAAAGUGUGGAAAUAACUUGAAUCCAGUGUAUACUUAAUCAUAUCUUAAGAAUCUCAUGGCUUUUUUCUUUUGUUUUAUUUAAUAUCUUAUGUAUUUUUGUAUGUUGGAGUAUCAGUUGGUCUGUGAUGUAAAAUGAUAAAUUGCGAAAUAGAAUAAGCUGGAUCAAGUGCUGUUUUAUACACUAUAUUAUUUAUUCCUUAGUCUGCAUUUUCUAUCUCAAUUUUAUUUAAAUGUUUUAUUUAAGUAAGGUUGAAAAAUGACUUAAGCUGUACUACACUCAAAUUUAACCACCUUAAUAAUGACCGAACUCUGAAUACGGCCCUUAGCAAGGUUUUAAGUGGAAGUCUUAAGACCCGUGUCUCAGGUUGGACAUGUUUGUAUCUCUCUUUAUUUUCUCAGUCUCUCGACACCAAUUCAUGUCUUAUGUUUUUAGUUGUAGUUUUGGCUUGUGUGUUUGCCACUUUUUUUUUUUUUUUUUUUUACCGAUUUGUGUCAUUGACUAGAUGCUACCACACUCAUCUUUCAGAAAAGAAGAAAAAAAAAGCUGAAGAUGUUCUUCGGCAGUGUAUGUGCUUUAACGUGAGCUAAUUCAGUUCACUAAUGCCUUGAGCACUUUACGGCAGAUUGACGGUGUGGCUCGCAGUGUGGCUGGAGAGCUGGUUUUACAGCUGUGUGUGUGAAUGUGUCUGUGUGUGUGUGUGAUGAAGGAUGUUGGAGCAAGGAUCAGAGUGACAUGUUUAUAUCGCAUAUGCAUUUUCUGCUCCAGCCAUCUUGGACCGAGCCCUCCGAUCUGCAAUCUUCAAACAGUAAUAGUUUUUGUCUUGUCUUUAUGUCCUACAAUUCAGAGAAAAUGCAAUGUACUUUUUUUUUCAUGUUGGUUAAUGCCAAAACUGUCAUUGUGGAUCCUUCAAACUCUUCCACUAAAAGGGAAGACGAUUAUGUUACGUAUCUGUUGAAUGAUGACAUUAAACCACAUUUGCUUCAA